AUGUCGCUGGAAGAGGAAUCGCCCUAUUCGUUUGACGACGUCACCCCUCAGCCGCUAGAUGCGCUGCCAGUGUGCAAUAUCAUGUACAGCGACGAGUACCGGGCGGAGGUGGGGACGCUAUUGGCGCUCAUGAACCGCCACGAGAUCAGCGAGCGGGCGCUCUGGCUCACCGAGCAGGUGCUUGACCAGCUUGCGCUGCACUACCUGGUGUGGAUCUACCGGUUUGACCUCGUCAAGGGGCUUAACAAGCUGAUCGUGGACGAGCUCGAGUGGUGUGAGCAGAUCGCCCUCGACAACGAGAAAAACUACCAGAUCUGGAACUACCGCCAGUUGUUGAUUGAGCACGCGACGAAAGACGGCGGCGAGUUCAGCGCCAAGCGCGAGCUUCCGUUGAUCAGCGCCAUGCUCGACGCUGAUUGCAAGAACCACCACGUAUGGCUGUACCGGUGGUGGCUCGUGCGACGGUUUAAGCUCGAUACGCCUGAAGAGCUCGAGUGGGUGCUGUCAAUGCUUGCCCAGGACCUCAGAAACAACCUGGCGUGGUCACACCGUUACCUGGUGGUGUUCAGCAUGGGCGGCGCCAUUAGCGAUGAUGUGGUGCGGCGAGAGAUAGAUUAUACGGAAAAGGCGAUCGCCCAGUGUCCCCAGAACCCGCUGAGCUGGAACUACUUGCGGGGCAUCUACCGCAAGUACGGCGCCCAGUGCUCGCUGCGACCGCUCCACCAGUUGGCUGACGGCUAUCGCGACGUGCUGCUUCCGGCGUUGGAGGUGUUGGCUGAACACGACCCGAGUUAUUACCUGCGUCUUGCAGAGGUCGAUCCGAUCCGGAGACACUACUGGGCUGCGUUGAGCCAGCCAUGUUAG